GAGAAGGCAGAGCAGGAGCCAGAGUGGGUUGUCUGUCGUGGUAGUUCGUGAAGAGAGGCUGGGUAGCGGAGCACUGGGAGAGUUGCGGGAGCGGAGAAGCAACGCAAAGGCUCGGCUGCCGACCUGGAACAUGCGGCAUGGAGAGUUAUAUAUGUGAAACACAAGUUCAUGACAUCAUGUUAUAUGGUACUUUUGUUAAACCAUGUUGUGCACUGGCUUGUGAGAAAUUCGAGAAGUGUUCUUCAAUGAAAUAUGAACCAGAUGAUAUCUGGACAAUAUGGUGUAAUAAGCCAGUGUAUGAGCUCCACAAAUAUUGUGAUGUGAUUAAAAUAUACACCUUUUGGCCAUUUUUAUUUGAACGUAGACAUAACCUCAAUGAGAGAUUUAAUGGAGAUCUCAGUGAAACUUACUUCUGUGAGCUAACAUUGGAGAGCCUGAGUGAAAUGGAGACGUUAGAAGAUGUUACUGAUCUCGCCAAAAGAUAUGCAAAUGUUCCACAUUUCAUCAAGGGCAUAUUGAGAAUUGGAAAUGAAAUAGACAGUAGACUCUUUAACAUUACAGAGGCCUUUGAAUGGUUGAAAUAUGCAGAUGACAUUGGGAUUUUACACAAACUAGAAACUCUUGGAAACUAUUGUUGGCCUUUUCUAGAAGCCUUUUUUGCUGAAUACAAAUAUUAUAUAAGUAAAGUUGUACUGGAGGAUUACAAUUUAGUAGAAGAAUUUGAAUCUCAUCACUGUGAAAGUUGUAUAAAGAAAAGUAACGAUAUGAAAACAAGAGGGAAUGAAGAAUUUGCUAAAGAGAACUUUGAAAUUGCUAUUGCCUCCUAUACAAAAGCUGUAGAACUUUGGCCUGAGAAUCACCUUCUUUAUGGUAACCGGGCCCUGUGUUUUCUCCGAACAGGACAGUAUAAAAAAGCCCUGGGUGAUGGAAAAAGAUCUAUUAUUUUGAAGCCCAGCUGGCCAAAGGGACACUAUCGAUUCUGUGUUGCACUAUCACUUUUGGGAGAGCACAAAAAAGCACUGGAAGCCAAUGAGAGUGGUCAACAACUGUGCAGCAGUAGUCCUGAAGGAAUCAAGGAUCUUAUUCAGCAGCAUGAGAAAUUAAAAAAGCAAAUGGAUGAAAGUAGAGGUAUUAAGCAAUAUAAACACAGAAUGAAGAAAAUAGUGUUUCAGAAAAAUUCUUCAGAAUCUGCUUCAGUCAGUAACCAACAAUUAAAAAAAUCUAAUGAAAAGAAAAUGCAGUUUGACAGUCACAGUCACCUCAAUCAGAAGAAACAUAUGAAAGCGGCUCUUGAUGCACAAAAAAAAGAACACAAUGACUGGUUUCCAGAUUUAGGACCCAGUGAAAAUACAGGAAGAACAAGGAGCAGAAUAAGUGAUUCUGAAAAGAUAAGCAUCCAACUGAAUUCUAAAGUUGACUAUCAAAACUGUGUAGACAAGCAGGAUACUCCUUGUAGUUCUUUGUUUCAGGUGGAUGGAAUGCUGUCAGUAGAGGAGUUGAAGACUUAUGUAAAAGAUGGAUGUACAGCCUUGAUGGAUCAUCGUUUUCAUAGUGCAGAACAAUCGUUUGCACAAUUAUUGAAUGUUCUAGAUCCAUCACAACUGCAGCACCUGAAUCUUGGUAUAGUUGACUAUGUUGUGAUCAUCUAUGGAUAUGCCACUGCUCUUCUUGGAAUAGGGCAGCCUGAGGAACUAGCAAAAGCUGAAGAUCAUUUUAAUAAGAUAAUUGAACAGUAUCAGAAAGUAAGGUUUAAUUGCUUGGCACACUAUGGAAUUGGAAAGGUAUAUUUGAGACAGAACAGAUUUUCAGAAGCUCUAGACCAAUUCACGAAAUCAAAGUUUAUGACUGGUUAUAAGAUUGUGCCUGGUGUAUUAACAUGGCCUACAACUUUUGAAGUUAUCGAAGAGACACGGACAGAAAGAUUACAAGUUAUGCUGGAGGACUGUAUUGAAGAAUGCAAGUUUCCUCCAAAUCCAGAUGCAGUUUGUCGCUAUCAACAGUGCCAAGCACGUAAAAUCAAAAUAUAUUUUAGUGAUCCAGAUUUCAAGGGUUUUAUACGUGUUGCUUGCUGUGAACAGUGUAUAGUGGAGUUUCAUGUAAGCUGUUGGAAAAAGCUGAAAUCUACAAAAUUCAAUGAUAAAAAUGACAAGGAUUUUCUUCACCAAAUCUGCUUCACUUCAGAUUGUAGAGGCUUCAUUUCAAAAAUUGUUGUCUUCAGUUCAUCUGGUCUUAUGAAAUGUGAGUUCGAGCAUAAAAUAAAAACCAAGAAUUCCCCAAGGCCCAUUGUUAAACAGAAAUGUUCAAGUUCUAGGAACUUAAAGUUAAAACAUGAAAAAAAACUGAGAAGAAAAUUUAUGAAAGAAACAGCCUUGAACUCCACAAAAGAUAUGGCAGAUGAAUAUCAAAGAGGAAACAGUGUACCAAAACAUAAUACAUAUAAAGGAAGUGUUCAGAAGUGGUUAACUUCUGGUGAUACUGUCCUGCAGCUUAUUAUACAGAGCACUGAGAAAAUAAAGACAGGUGUACAUGAUAUUUCAAAACUUCUUAAUGAACUACUUUCAUGGAGGGCAAUUAGCAAAGAGGACUACGCUGGGUAUACUACAAGAAGUACUUCAUCUAGUGAAAUAAUGGAAGAACUCAUAAACUACUUAAUUCAGGAAAAAAACAGAGUGAAGACAAGAAUUUUUAUUCAUGUUUUAAGUGAGUUUGAAGAAAUGGAUCCCAAACUGCGUGAUUGGAUGACUCACCUUAACAAAAAAGGUUUAGAAGCUUCAGAAAUAUUUUUAUGUCGUUAUACAUAUGCUGUACUGCAGCUUGACCUCAGCCUUGUAAUGGCUCUCUGGAAUGAAACUUAUGGUAUUAAGCUGGAUGGUAUUCUGAGUUGCUCACCUCAAGAUUACAAUGAAAUCUUGAACUUCUUUUUUAACUCAACUGAUGUUCAGCUUCGCUGUUUUAUAUGGCUGUUGGAAGAGAAUAGAGAGAAUUUUCCAUCUUUUCAUCAAUUUUUAGAUGAAUACUUUGAUAAAAUGGAUCAUCCUUUUACUGUAUUAAAGAAGCAAGAAAUUGAAACUACUCCAAAUAAUGGUAUCAAAGUAAAAAACAGAAACAGAAAGAAACCGAAGGAAUCAAGGGCUAUUUCAGUUCUCUCUGGAGGAGUUGGUGCAUCAACUCGAGAGGAAGACAAUAUAUUUUCAGAAGAAAAUGCAUUAAGUUUUAUGAAUCCAUGUGAGCCUUUCAGAAUUCCAGAUUACCUUUAUGAUCAAGUUGAGGAAUUUGAAGCUUUAUUUAAUGUUUCUUCCAGUAGCAGUUACCAGAGAAUGUUGGACAACUAUCCAGACACAACUUGUGAAAACUUGUAUGACUAUUUCUCUCAAAUCUUGGAAGAACAUGGCCCAAUGGAAAUUGAUAGUCCACUGUUAAUUGGAGAAUAUGAAUACUUUCCUGUAGCCACCCGUAAGAUUGUGGAAGAUGCUGGUGGCCUGAAAUCUUUCCUGUUGCAGUCUUUGCGUUUUAUUAUGAUGGGUGACCUUAUUGGUUUGAUGAAACAUGCAGUUAUGCUGAAUGAAAAUGUAGAUGUCUCUGGAGUUGAAAAAAAAAAUAGAAAUGGAGAUUAUUCAACCUGCCUGACUUGUCAAGAACAGAAUUCUGAAAGCAAACUACAUUUAAAUCCAGCUGCUAAGGAGUUUAAGCCUGUCUCUCAUAUUAAUAAAUCUCAUGUACCAACAAGAACUGACUCAGUAGCCAAUUGUAAUCAAGAAUAUAUGACUACCAGCCAUUCCUCUUUUAAUCCUUUUGUUCCUACAUAUCCUUUUUCUAGUCAGACAACUGACACAAUAACAGCAUCACUAUCUACGUCAAAAGUAUCAUUGCCAUCAGCUUUGUCUGAAAACCACCCAGUAUUUCUAAAUGAAGUUCCUUCAGACUCUCAAAGUGAAAGAACUUUUCCAGUCAUUACUCAAAUAUUGUUUAUGCCAGAUGUAUCAGAUCAGUCUAAUUAUAUAUAUGAAAGUUAUGAUGCUUACCUUGAUAGUGAUCCAGAAGCAAUAGGCAACAAUUAUAGCAUUGGUAAUCUUAUGGCAAGUAAUGAAGAGCAGAAGUUCCAGAAGCUUCCAUGUGUGCUAGCAAAAUCAGAAAAUCAACCUUAUGAUAAGAUUGACCAUUACAGUAAUGAAGCUAGAUCUAGUUCUGUUUCUGAUAAGAAAUCUGUGAUAAGAAACAAUCCCCCUUCCAGGAUGAUCGCUAUUCAGGUAGAUCGUGAACUGACAGAUGCAGGAGUUAAUACUUUGCCUUUCCAUCCAUAUGAAAUUCAGCAGGGAGAUAUGUUACGUAUGGAGAAAGAGCAUCAGGUACUACAAGAACAACUUAAAGACGCAAAUGGAAAAUACGAACAAGUAAAAUGUCGAAGCUCUGAAGAAAUCAGUGUUUUAGAAGAAGAAUUAAAAAGAAAUAUUGAAGGAAACAAGCUUGGCAAAAAAGAACUGGACUGGUUUCACACAGAUUUAGAAGUGAUGAUAAAAAGAUGGCAACAGGAAAAAAAAGAAAAUCAAGAGGGAUUAAAAACAAGAAAGAGUAAAAUAAGAACACUGACAGAUGCGAAUGAGAUGUACAAGAGAAACAUUGAUGAGAAAGAGAUGCAGUACAAAUUAUAUUUGGAUGAAUUCCUUGAGAUCAGCAAUAAAUUUGAAAAUGAGAAAGUAAAAAUGGAAGAGCUUAUUAAAAAAAGUCGCAAUGACUAUCUUGAGAGUGUUAAGCAUGCUAUUGCAGCAGAGGUGUUGGUCCUUGAAAACUGGAAGAAUGCUGAGUUAUUCAAGUUGCGUGGAAAGGCAGCACACGCAAAAGCCACUCUUAAAUGCCUAAAGAUCAUGAAUAGUUGCUCGUCAUCACCUGAUAUGAAGCUUCAAAUGGAUUCAUUGGAGUCCUUUAUUUCUAAUAUCAAAGAAGAAAUGGAAAAAGCAGAGAGUCAGUUUGAAGAGAGAAUUUGCAUGGUAAAAAAUGGUACCCAUCUAAACAGUAUCUCCAAAGUAGAAAUUGCUGAACUUGAGCUUCCUCCCAUUCUGUCGUCAGCAAUGCAUGAGAAACCUCCAAUUAAUGAUCCAGCUAUUGUCAUGUAUUCAGCUGGGACCCCUCACGUGCCAUCUAACUUACUUGAUAUGCUUUCAAGCGUUAAUGAUAACAGUCCCCUUCAUUCCACAAUUAAUAAGCAUGUUGGAAGUAAAACAUCACAUAAAAAUUAUCAUGUGCCCUUUUCUGCACAUGAAGAAUCUGGUGAAGCGCUCCUUGAAGGUGCAGGAAAGUCACAGUUUGAUACACAGUGUCUAUCCAAGUCACUGAGGAACUCAGUAAGACAUGUCCAGGAUAUCCAGUUACAGCACAGUACUAUAGAAGAACCAGCAGCAUCUGCAAGACUGGACUAUAAUAGAGCUGCAGACAAGUCGCUUUCUCCACAGCUGAGUGAAAGUAUUAUUGACCAACUUAGGACUAUAUUCCCAGACUAUACGAGUUCAGAUUUUGAAACAUUUAUAAAAGAAGUAAAAGUCAACAAUAGAAACAAAAUGAGCAUGGAUGAACUCCUUAACUUUAUUCUGGAUCAUGAAAACAAGAAGAAGAUUAACUCCUCUCCAGCAAAAAUUGCAAAACCAUCCUCCUCCAAUUCAGGACAGAGAAGAAAUCAGACUCAAAAGAUAAAGACAUUAAAACAGAAUGUGCCUAGUACACCCAACACAAGGCAUGAUAAUGAAAACAUAAAGAAAAAAACUUUCCCACCUGCAUCAACUCAGCUGCCUUGGAAAACCGAUGGAGGAAUAGCAAAAUCUAAGUGGAAGAGGUUUAGUGAUGCCACUGAUAAUGAUCCAUGUGUGAUAUGUCAUGAGGAACUUAGCAUGGAAGAAUUCAGUGUGCUAGACUGUGGACACAAGUUUCACAAACUGUGUAUUGGCUUAUGGAUUAAGGAGCAUAGUACAUGUCCAACAUGUCGUCGUCAUGUUUUGUUACCUGAAGAUUACCCUGAGCUUCCUGGACGAAACAGAUGUACCUGAAAUUCUGUUGCCAUGUGCCGUCAGUUAUGAAGUGUUACAUUUUAGAUGUAGUAAACAUGUAGUAUAGUUUCUGCCAUUGUUCUUGACUUCUGGUCAAAUGACUAUUUCACACUGUGUGUCCUUCAGCUGCUUCUCGGGGGACGUAGCAUAUUAUUCAAUAAUGCUCUUGUCUCUCGUAAUAAGUAUUAAGUGUCUUGGCUGUACUGUAGCAAAAUUGUUAAAUUUACCAGUUGUCAGACUCUGUCUAAUACAUAUUAUUCAGUUGAAAAGUAAUACAAGCAAAAAAUUUAGUGUAGAUUUGUUUUCUAACUUCUGUGGAUAAAAUAAUGGAAGAUAUGAACUAAAAAUCAUGGAAGGUGUUCAAAUUAAGGAGAAACUUCAGUACAUUGGUAGACUGGUUAAUUCUCAGUGAUUGGUCAUCUUUAGCAAAUUUGAAGAUUACAGCUUCUAGGAGUACAGUUGUUGUUUGUAACAUCCAUUUUAUUCCCAUGUUACUGCCUGGUUUUUAAAAAUUUCUAGAUAAUUUAGAGUUGGAUCCAAAGAGCCACUGGUGGGAGAUAGAGGUAACUUCUAGAGCUUAUUCAGUGGUAUAAGUGGGCUCUGAACCAGUCCUAAUGCUGCCAUAAGUAGGUCAUCACCCUUUGAUUUAUCAUGAUCACUUUUGUGCAACAUUCUUGAUACUGAUGUGAAACAGGCUUUUGUUGAAUUAAAGGCAUCUCUGGAUCCAGCCCAUGACAUUGUAAUGCUUUUAUAGUGGUAUAUUAAAAUCUAGUAACUUUAGACCUACAUUUUAAUAAAGUAGCUUUUAAUAAAA